UAGUCCGGAAUCGACCGAAAUGAAAUAAACGCCUGCACGUAUUUUAAAGAUAAAAUGUAAACUUCCGGGUUCAUUGGAUACACGUGUGAGACACUACCCAUGGAUCCACAUAUUAAAAUACUGUUUGCAGUGUCAGCUUCAAGACGUCUGACUAGGAAAACACUUGAAGUUAAUAUUUGCGAAGCAUAUAACAGAAAGUUAUUACCUAACGACAAGGAACAAGAUAUACAAACUAUCUGGCAAAAGCGAGUUGAAGAGAACCCCAAACUUUACAAUGGGACUAAAUUCAGAAUCGAUUCCAUGCCACAAAGCAGCACCCUAAAUGUCGGAGUGACGUGUUACAGAGAUUAUCUGGGAACCAACUGGUCCCCUCAUGUUAAAGAGCUGCAGGAGCUUGGCCAGAGCGACCACGGUAACCCACAGGCCUACAUGUCUGACCCGCUUGGCGUGGGCGCGUUGGUGCUGACGUCAGACGAGUGUGUCGUGUUUCUCAAACGCAGCAAACAUUGUGCCGAGGCGUAUAAUCUGUGGGAUGUUCCCGGUGGACACGCGGAACCUGAGGAACUGGUAGGUAAAAAAUCAUUUGAGGAAACUAAAGCCUGCAACAUGUCACCUGGUGCCGUUGUUAACGAGAUCUUUGAUUCAAUCAUACGUGAAAUCCGUGAUGAGGUCAAUCUUCCAGUCUCACACCUGUCAGAUCCAGAAUUACUCGGUAUUGCACAGAAUACCACCAGUGGUAACAGGCCAAGCAUGGAAUUCCUCGUACGGUGCAGUAGAAGUUCUCAGGAGGUUUUGUUUCUAUAUAGACAGGGCAAUCAAGCUGAAGCCGAGGAAUCAACAAAUAUAAUGUUAUUACCACUGAAUAAAGUUUUAGAUAUGGAAGAAAAGGAACCGGAAAUGUGGAAAACCCUUGCGCCGUCAGCAAAAGGCUGCAUUAUACUAUAUGGUCUUUCUCAAAAGUAAAAAUAAUCUGAUAGACUUGCUGUCUAAUAUGGACAUCCGGUGCUGUGGUAGUUGGUAACUGAAUUAGAUAUGGGCUGACUGUAUAUUCUGCGCUAAAUAUCAUCUCUCUGUCUUCGUGGGCUGACUCAUGUACAUUGGUUUUGAUUAUCUUUGUAUCUUUUUAUGUUUUUCAAUGGUUGUCAGUUCUCUCUAAAAACAAAAAAACAACCCCAACAAAACAUGUAUUUGUAAAUAUCAGGUAUUCGCUUGUAUAUACAUUUAUAAGAUAAUGUAACGAGUUUACAUUUGUGGGACUAUGCAUUAAAAUUUUCUCUCUUUA